UCCCACCAUGUGGGCCAUGGUUCGGUUUUGGAAUUCCGUUACACCUACAUAUAAAAUCGGGGUAUAUUCCUCUGAACGUCAACCUACCGGUAGCUGAGGACACUGCGAGUGGGUCAUCUGUAGGUUUGCUUAUCGCUCCAAGCGGCUGUCCCUGUAUACAUAUAUACAUAGCGCAUACACCGAACAAAGAAUCAACAGUGAACUGGGCUUAGCCUAGUAAAUAUGCGUGGCUACGUGUUUAUUUCGCUACUACCUUUGGUUGCAGCUGGCCCGUCGUUUUUAGGGAGUACCCCAGCAUCUGUCGGUAGACGACAGCUACCCAAGAAUCCCACGGGGGUCAAGACCCUUACAACCGCAAACAAUGUCACCAUACGAUACAAGGAACCUGGUGCAGAGGGCGUAUGCGAGACUACACCGGGCGUCAAGUCCUACUCUGGAUAUGUCGAUACCUCACCCGACUCUCAUACGUUCUUCUGGUUCUUCGAGGCCCGCUAUAACCCAGAGACUGCACCUAUCACUUUGUGGCUGAAUGGUGGUCCUGGAAGUGAUUCCUUGAUCGGUCUUUUCGAUGAGCUGGGCCCUUGUCACGUUAAUUCGACCUUUAAUGAUUACAUCAACCCGCACUCGUGGAAUGAGGUCUCCAAUUUACUAUUUUUGUCCCAGCCAUUGGGCGUUGGUUUUUCUUAUAGCGACACGGUCGAUGGUUCCAUAAAUCCCGUUACUGGGGUCGUUGAGAAUUCGAGCUUCGCCGGAGUUCAGGGCCGGUACCCAAAGAUUGACGCCACUCUGAUUGAUACUACCAACCUCGCUGCAGAGGCCGCUUGGGAGAUCCUCCAAGGCUUCCUCGGUGGGCUACCGACAUUGGACUCUAGGGUGAAGUCUAAAGACUUUAGUCUUUGGACGGAGAGCUAUGGAGGACACUAUGGGCCAGCAUUCUUCAGCUAUUUCUACGAGCAGAACGAAAGAAUUGCGAACGGCACUGUCGAGGGUAUCCAGCUUAACUUCAACUCUCUGGGUAUCAUCAACGGCAUCAUCGACGAGGCGAUCCAGGCCCCAUACUACCCUGAAUUUGCUGUGAACAACACCUAUGGCAUUAAAGCUGUCAACGAGACCGUCUAUAACUACAUGAAGUUUGCGAACCAAAUGCCAAGUGGCUGCCAGGAUCUUAUUUCUACAUGCAAACGAACGAACCGCUCCGCGUUGGCUGAUUACGCCCUCUGCGCGGAGGCCACUAACAUGUGCCGGGAUAAUGUUGAGGGACCAUACUAUUCAUUUAGCGGCCGGGGCGUGUACGACAUCCGGCAUCCUUACGAGGACCCCACUCCACCGAGCUAUUACCCUAAGUUCCUAGCAAAGGACUCCGUGAUGGAUGCCAUCGGCGUCAACAUCAACUACACCCAGUCCAACAACGACGUCUACUACGCCUUCCAGCAAACGGGCGAUUUUGUCUGGCCCAACUUCAUCGAAGACCUCGAGGAGCUCCUCGCGCUCCCUGUGCGCGUCUCCCUCGUCUACGGCGACGCCGAUUACAUCUGCAACUGGUUCGGUGGCCAGGCUGUCUCCCUCGCCGCGAAGUACACCCACGCCGCCCAAUUCCGAAGCGCAGGAUACGUCCCCUUAAGAGUCAACGGCGUCGAGUACGGGGAAACUCGGGAGUAUGGGAACUUUUCUUUCACCCGUGUCUACGAGGCAGGCCAUGAAGUCCCUUACUAUCAGCCCGUCGCUUCUCUCCAGUUGUUCAACCGGACCAUCUUUGGCUGGGAUAUCGCGGAGGGUCAGAAGAAGAUCUGGCCCGGCCAUAAGACGAAUGGAACGGCGACGGCUACCCAUACCCAGUCGUCUGUGCCGCUAUCUGCAGCGACUGGUACCUCCAGUGCUGGUCUCUGGUGAUUUUACUAUAUGGCAUGGUAGAUGUCAUAAAUGGUCGCCAUGGAGCAAAGGGUAUGUAUGAUAUGACAUCAUGAUAUCUGAUGCAUGUAAGAAUGAUGUUUUCCAUGUACAUACAUGCACAUGCAACGGAGUUUGAUUGAACACUCAGUUGUCGGUAAAAUGGGAUAGGUUCCAGUCUAAUUUUUCUUGUGCUGUUAUAGGAGCCGGUCUGUACUGAUAUACUGCGUAUACCCAGCUGUAGAAUAACCACUUUGCGUUGGUCAGAACAGAAAGCCAUCCUA